GUGACUCUUGAUUUGCGGCCUAUAAAAGUACGGUUACAUCCUCCUUCUGGGUAAACUUGAAUGCAUUAAAACAAUGCGAGCCUCAUCACAAAAUCUUUUUUCCUAGAUAAUGCCCGAAUCUCUCCGAAUACUACCUCCUUGGGCAACAUACCUCUUUUGGUGUAUUGAUGCGAUAAUUACCUAGAUAGAAAUCGACGUCUAAUAUCCGACCUUGCAGAAAACCAUGUCUUCGGAGCCUGAGUACACGAAACCAAACACCGAAACGCUCUCCGACAUAGCCACGAAUAUAAUACGGACUCUCAGCCGGAACGGCGAGACCCUUGGCGUAGCCGAAUCCCUGACGGCUGGUGGCGUCAUGGCUGCGCUUACUUCUGUACCCGGGGCGAGCGCCGUCAUGCGCGGGGGAGUAGUCUCUUAUGCCACGCCCCUGAAGGAGUCCCUUCUACAUGUCGACCAUGACCUUAUCACGAAGAAAGGCCCGGUACACGCCGACGUAGCAGCGCAGAUGGCCGAAGGGGCCCGUAAGGCUACAGCUUGUAAUGGAAGUCUGACAACGUGGGGCAUUGCGACGACCGGCGUUGCCGGGCCGGAGCCACAGGAUGGGAAACCAGUUGGUAUGGUCUAUAUCGGCAUCGCCUCGCCUGAUGGUACUCAGCCUUUAGGGCCCUUUUGCUUCCCGGGCUCGCGUGAGCAAGUCCGGGAAGCUACCGUCAUGGAAGCCCUGUCGCGGCUCCGUGAUGCCCUAAUAUCCCACCAACAGGACGUGGACCUUGUGGGUGGCGAGAAAGUAUAAAAAGGCGCUAUUAUAUGUUGACUGGUUGCAUCGUCUUAUGUGGGGUCAUUGGUAAAUUGCAUCUUUAAGGGGUUCAGGGGGUCAUUCCGCUCCAUAAAUUUCGAUCUUCUGGACCGAUUU